GCAAUUAAUAGUAACGCAACUCUAUAAUUAUAUUGCUCUUCAUCAAUCCUCACCCAUUCUUUUAUUGCUGUUUUUUCUUUUUUAUCCUUCCUUACCCAACCCCACCACCACCACCACCACCACCACAUCCCCUCUAAUAAAAACCCUAAUCUUUCUUCCUUUUUUCCUUUCUAACAAUGGCGGAUUCGGUGGACAAGCACGACAGGGUGGUUGUUGGGAAUGCCUUUCUUGCUCCUGAGGAAGAUAAGCUUCUCGAUGGAGUUACAUUAUUGGAUUUCGAUAUGUUGUGUUCUACCGUCGCGAUGCAGACCCAGGGGAAAUGGCCCAACUUGGACACUACUCAAGAUCCUGCUACGGCUCCUGAAUUUGGUGGAGUUUUUAGGAUGUGGGAAGGUGAACUACUUGAUUGCUACGAUGACCGCCGUAUCGCUAUCGAAUCGGCAUGCUGUCCGUGUCACAGAUUUGGGAAGAAUAUGGGAAGGGCUGGUUUUGGCUCUUGUUUUCUUCAGGGAACGGUUUAUUUAGCUCUUGCUCUUGGUGCCCUGUGCAACUUCAUUGCAUUUCUGGUCACUAAACACCAUUACUUUUUAUAUUCGGCAAUUGCUUUCACCAUUUCAACAGUUACAUAUUUGGGGUUCUUCCGCACCCAGAUGAGAAGGAAAUUCAAUAUAAGGGGAGGAGAUAAUUCCUUGGACGAUUGCAUCUACCACCUUAUCUGCCCCUGCUGUGCCUUAUCUCAGGAAUCACGAACGCUGGAAAUGAAUAACGUUCAAGAUGGCACAUGGCAUGGUCGGGGUGACACAAUAUGUAUUGGUAGUUAUGGUGAUGCCAGUCGAUUUGUGGAGCUAAACCCACCUCUUCCUGUCUCAACCAAAUUGCCUGAAGCCUGUGGCACUCUAAAGGAUGUGGCGAAUCAAAAUCACUCUUGAAUUUGUGCGUGCAUGUAGCAAAACCUCGGUAGCUCUGCCUACCACGUGCUUUCGAGAUUCUUCAUCUGAUUUAUACCAAAGGUAACCGGGACACUGUCAUGUUUCAGCAACUGUGCCUUCAAGUGAUGAAGGCCAAAAUUGGAGUUGCUGCUUUACGCUUGGGGUGUUACCUCCUACAAUUGGUUAGGCUACUUUGAUGCAAUGGAGAUGUGGUUUUGGAGGUUUGGGGGGGGGGGGGGGGGGGGGGGGGGGGGUUGAAAAUGACUUCUUUCUUGGAUGAAGAUUCUCUUUUAUUUUUUUUCUUAUUCUUUCUUAUUAAUCUUAUGUUAUUCUACCACUGUAAAACACCCAUGAUAGCGUGUUCAGGUCGUUAAAACAUCACUUGCAAACUUGUAAAUACCAUACCAAAAUUUAAUGUAUCAACUAGAUGAGUGCAGCUCUUGAACCUGGCUGUUUCUAUAAUGUUUUCUUCUUAGAAUCAUUGAAAGUCCAGAAUUCCUUGUGAAGGAAAUGAAACGGAAAUUUCCGAUUA